AUGUCAAGUAGUUCCUCAACUGAGUCGUCAAUAAUAAACGAUGAGGAGUUGAGAUAUCUAUAUGCAUCAAAUGUUAACAUCUCCAACUUCGUUUCAGUAAGUCUAGUGGACGAAAGGAACUAUGAUCUCUGGAAGGAUCAGAUGCUUUGCCUCUUAGCCAGUCAGAAUAUGCGUGGCUUUGUUGAUACUAAAUAUAAACUACCACAGAUUAAGAGCUCUACAAUCAUGGAACAAUACGAAGGUCUUGUCAAAGGUUGGAUUUUUCGUUCGUUAAAUGAAUCUACACACCGUUCGCUAGACAAAUAUUUGCAAACUGAAAACGUUUGGCAUGAUAAAGAGCAUAAAUUUAUUUGGGAAAGACUAGAAAGCUUAUAUGGUUCCAAACAAGAUCCUACAGACGAAGACGAUGACGAUCUUAAGAAACGGAUGCACGAUGUGCUUUUUCCGGCCGAGCAAGUGGAAGUAACCACCACCACUGAAACAAAGACACCACCAGACAACUCCAUUCACAAGAAGAAUUUCGUCAAAGCUAUUAUUGAUGGGCGAUGGUUGGAAGCAGAACUCAUUCUUAAAAAAAUCAAUAAUAAAGAUGCUGCCACAUCAACGCUUACAAAUCUUGACACAGCGCUUCACAUAGCCGUGAAAGAAGGCCGCAAUGAUUUCCUCGAAAGAUUGCUUGACUUCAUAGAUGAUGAAAACGAAAUCAAAGUAAAAGACUUUAGUGGAAAUACUGCCUUACACGAGGCGGCAAUCUGCAACAACAAACGUGCUGCAGAAUUUUUGGUUAAAAAAUGUGAAAGUUUGUUAUUCUCUGUUGGAAGUGGAAACCAAACACCAUUAGAGAAAGCUUAUCGUCUCAAUAAACUCGAUACUUUUUUAUACUUGUGGGAAGCUGUUAAUGAUGGGCAACAAGGCAAACCUGAGACUAUAAAUCGUAUUGAAGUCGAAAUUCAGAGAAAUAUUAAUUUUGAUAUUCUCGAAGAUGCUAUUUCCAUAAAACAAUACGAUAUAGCAUCGAGAUUGGUUAACGCAUUUCCUAAAGUGGCUAUACAAGAUGAUCGACUCUUGAUGGCUAUGGCUACAACCUUUCCGAGUGACCUUGGCUUCGGGGAAGCAUUGAUAUGUCCAUCUUUAAACAAUUUCCAUCAAAGAAUUAUAAAGAGGAGUUUUUCACUUUAUAAUGCACCUAGAGUUUUGUACACCUGGGCUGACCAUGUUUUAUGGGCAACAAGAAGCUUGAAAGAGGCCAUGUGGUUGUUGCAGGAAACUGUGUUGAUAUUACUUGUAGUCCCGAUAGCUAUAGUGUAUCCAUUAUAUCAGUUGAUUCGUCUCCUCAUUUUAGUGAUUCUUUACCCUUUCUUUAUGUUGUAUUUCCUCCUGUGGACGGUUUUAGCAAUUGCAGUGACGCCAAUCAAGUGUAUAGAGAAGAAGAGAAAGAAAUACCAAGAAGCUAAAAAAUUUCUGAGUAUAAUAUGUAAUCAUAUCGAUAAGUUAGGCACCUUUGAUAUGGGUCAUCCCCGUUACAGCAAACCUUUUCUAGAGGCAGUACGUCAAGGUGCUUACGAGGUGGCUGAUGAGAUUCUAUACAGGUCACCAAAGUUGAUACUAGAAUGUGAUUGGAGUGAAAAGGGACAUGCUUUUAUUGAACUAGCUAUAAUAAAUCGUUCAGAAAAAAAUAUACAACAUUAUCUAUCACUUGAAUGUUGGAAUAGGUGAUUAUAGAGAACUUGUUAAAGAUUCCUUUGAGAACACGUUACACUUGGCCGGAAGGUUGGCAUCUGAACAUAUACUUAGUCGUACAACAGGUGCAGCAUUGCAACUACAACGAGAGCUUCAAUGGUUUCAGGAAGUGGAGAAGCUCAUGUCACCUGAAGAUCUUGUGAAGAAGAACGCGGAAAUGGAGACACCAGCUAUGGUAUUUACAAAGGAGCACGCGCAUUUGGUGAAGGAAGGGGAACAAUGGAUGAAAACAACUUCAGAAGCAUGUAGCAUAACUGCUGCAUUAAUUGUAACAAUCGUAUUUGCAGCAGCUAUAACUGUACCUGGUGGAAACAAUCAAGAAAAGGGCAUCCCAUUGUUCAAAAAAGAAAUUGCUUUCACUGUCUUUGCAGUAUGUGAUGCAAUAUCUCUAUUUUCAGGUGCUAGCGCACUAUUAGUGUUCUUAUCAAUCCUCACUACACGUUUCGCUGAAAUGGAUUUUCUGGUUAGUUUACCGAGACGGUUGAUUAUCGGUCUUUGUGCGUUAUUCCUCUCUACAGCUUCCAUGAUGGUAGCAUUUUGCGCAAUCUUGUUCCUAGCGUUUUGUGAUCAAAGACCAUGGAUGUUGGCACCAAUAGGUGGGUUAGCUUGCAUGCCAAUUGCAGUUAUUGUUACUCUGCAAUUGCCCCUCCUGGUUGAUUUGUUCAAAUCAACAUACAUCCCCAUCUUUGGUAAGCAAAGUGACAUAGCCAGUGGUAAAUUUAUUUCAAACCACACUACCUGGGCAUAUGAACUAUAACUCAGCACUUUGUUUUGUUCAACUAAUUGUUGUGUGAAUGAUGAAAUGUGACUCAGACUGUCA